GAUGGGUUUUCCUGGAAAAGAAACAUCCUCCUUAACAGAUGGUAAUUCAAAAUGAAGCAACAAUGCUACAGGGACCUCUGGAUACCAAUGGAAGCGACUGACACAGAAAAGGGUGAUCAGAGCCAGUUUGCAGAAUGAGGGCUUCCAAAGCGGCUGAGGACAGGACCUUAAGGAAUGUCACACAGUAGGUGCUGAGACAACUUGCACUGAACGGAACAAACAAAGAUGGCAGUCCCUAUUUGAAAGGAAUUAAACGCAUAGACUCUCAUUAGGAAGAAACAAUGUCAAAAAAAGGACGUAGCAAGGGCGAGAAGCCUGAGGCACUGAUUGUUGCCCUGCAGGCUGCCAAUGAAGAGCUCAGGACCAAGCUAACAGACAUUCAAAUCGAGCUGCAUCAGGAGAAAUCGAAGGUCAGCAAACUUGAAAGAGAAAAGAUUCAAGAAACUAAGCGGAUCAGAGAAUUGGAGCAACGCAAGCAGACUGUGCAGAUCACUGAACUUAAAGCCAAACUCCAUGAGGAGAAAAUGAAAGAACUGCAGGCAGUGCGGGAGAACCUAAUCAAACAGCAUGAGCAGGAAAUUACUCGGACGGUUAAAGUCAGAGACAGUGAAAUCCAGCGCCUCAAGUCAGCACUGUACGCUUUGCGGGAUGGGAGCAGUGACAAAGUAAGGACAGCGUUGACCAUUGAGGCUCGUGAAGAGGCCAGGAAACAGUUUGACUCCGAGCGCCUUAAACUUUUGCAGGAAAUUACUGAACUAAAAUCUGCCAAAAAGCAGGUGGACGAGGCCCUUACCAACAUGAUCCAGGCUGAUAAGAUCAAGGCGGGUGAUCUUCGGAGUGAGCAUCAGUCCCAUCAGGAAGCCAUCUCUAAGAUCAAAUGGGAGAGUGAAAGGGAUAUUCGCAGACUGAUGGAUGAAAUCAAGGCUAAAGACAGAAUCAUCUUUUCCUUGGAGAAAGAACUGGAGACCCAGACAGGCUAUGUACAGAAGCUCCAGCUGCAGAAGGAGGCUCUGGAUGAACAGCUCUUCUUAGUGAAGGAGGCGGAGUGUAACAUGAGCAGUCCCAAACGAGAGAUCCCAGGAAGAGCAGGAGAUGGGUCAGAGCACUGUAGCAGUCCUGAUUUACGCAGAAAUCAGAAGAGGAUGGCAGAGCUGAAUGCCACUAUCCGAAAGUUGGAGGACAGGAACACACUGCUUGUAGAUGAACGAAAUGAACUGUUGAAACGUGUUCGAGAAGCUGAAAAACAAUGCAAACCUCUCCUUGAAAGGAACAAGUGCCUCACCAAGAGAAACGAUGAACUGAUGCAGUCUUUGCAGCGCAUGGAGGAGAAACUCAAAGCAAUCACAAAAGAAAAUGUAGAAAUGAGAGAAAAAAUGACAUCACACCCUCCAUUGAAAAAAUUAAAAUCUCUCAAUGACUUAGAUCAAGCUAACGAAGAGCAAGAAACUGAGUUUUUAAAGCUUCAAGUUAUAGAACAACAGAACAUAAUUGAUGAGUUAACAAGGGAUAGGGAAAAGCUGAUUCGUCGCAGGAAGCAUAAAAGAAGUUCAAAGCCAAUUAAGAGACAUAUAGUCGAUACUGUUUUUGGCUACGAUGAUGACUCCAUGGACUCUGAAACCUCAUCCAUGGCCUCGUUCAGAACAGACAGAACACCAGCAACCCCAGACGAUGACCUGGAUGAGAGUUUAGCAGCAGAAGAAUCAGAGCUGCGAUUUCGGCAGCUAACAAAGGAAUACCAGGCCCUGCAGAGGGCAUAUGCAUUACUGCAGGAGCAGACUGGAGGCAUCAUAGAUGCUGAAAGAGAAGCCAAGGCACAGGAGCAGCUCCAAGCAGAAGUCCAGAGGUACAAAGCAAAAAUAGAAGAUCUGGAAACAACUUUGGCACAAAAAGGACAGGAUUCCCACUGGGUAGAAGAUAAACAGCUUUUCAUUAAGAGGAACCAGGAGCUUUUGGAAAAGAUAGAAAAACAGGAGGCAGACAACAGCCGAUUGCAACAGGAGCUGCAGGAUGCCAGAGACCAGAAUGAACUGCUGGAGUUCCGGAAUCUAGAACUUGAAGAAAGAGAAAGACGGUCCCCACCAUUUAAUCUCCAAAUCCACCCAUUCUCAGAUGGUGUAAGCGCUCUGCAGAUCUACUGUAUGAAGGAAGGUGUCAAGGAUGUCAGCAUUCCAGACCUCAUAAAGCAGUUAGACAUCUUGGGUGACAAUGGGAAUUUAAGAAAUGAAGAGCAAGUGGCUAUCAUUCAAGCUAGCACUGUGUUAUCCUUGGCAGAAAAGUGGAUCCAGCAGAUUGAAGGGGCUGAAGCAGCUCUACACCAGAAGAUGAUGGAACUGGAAAGUGACAUGGAGCAGUUUUGCAAAAUAAAAGGUUAUUUGGAGGAAGAAUUAGACUACAGGAAGCAAGCUCUUGACCAAGCAUAUAUGAGAAUCCAGGAGCUUGAAGCUACCUUGUACAAUGCUUUGCAGCAAGAAACGGUGAUAAAGUUUGGGGAACUGCUAAGUGAAAAGCAACAGGAGGAGCUGAGGACAGCCGUAGAAAAGUUACGACGGCAGAUGCUGAGGAAAAGCAGAGAAUACGACUGCCAGAUUCUUCAGGAGAGGAUGGAGCUGCUACAACAGGCACAUCAGAGGAUCCGAGAUUUAGAAGAUAAAACUGAUGUCCAGAAGAGACAGAUCAAGGACCUAGAGGAAAAGUUUCUGUUUCUAUUCUUGUUCUUCUCUCUUGCCUUUAUUCUUUGGCCUUGAUGUCAAUGUGCCUCUUGGAAAGAGUGCCAGACUACACAGAUAAGUCCUUAGAAAGGCAAAUGCUUCCAAACCCAUGAAGAAGAGAACAUUGUUUACACCGAUUUAAAAAUACAACAACAACCUGUAGCCAAGACUACAACCACCAUGUAUUUUAAAGCCAUUAUUCAAGAUUUGUUACUUGACAGUUCCUGUCUAAAGAUACAAUAUAUGCUGCAUUUAAUGAAGUUCUAUAUGUCAAACUAAGAAAAAAGGAGGGGGGAGAAACAAACUGUGAACAUAUUAAAAAAAAAUUUAAACAGAAUCAGCAGAUGAAGUACAAAUGGGCCUUGGGCAUGGAACCAAAGUUACAACAGAACAAUCUAUCCCUGCUGUGCAGGGGGAUAUUAAAUGUAACAAUGACACCCCAUGGAAAAAAAUAAAUAUUAAAGGGACAGAGCAGGAGAAACAUUUUUCAAAACUGUGAGGGGAUAUUGACAAUAAAAUAUUCAAUUUGAAUCAUCCGGCUUCCUUACUACAGGGACUCUCUCUCUCUCUUUUUGGUUUUAAACUCAGGAACAAUGACAGCUGCAAUGUGAACAAAAGGAAAAACAUACUCUGUUUUGUUUCAUGAUGGGCGGAACUGGGCAUCGUGUCGUACGUGGUGGGGAUGUUAACAUGCCACCAGCUAGGAGGGCAGACGAAGGGAAGAAUGUGGGUGACGGACCUGAUGAGGAUUUCUGACAAUGCUGUAGCCUUAUCUUUCUUAUUGAUCCAUCCAUAAAGAACAGCACGUACAUUGUUAGAUACUUUUCAUACAUUUUAAAGACUGACACACUGAAGAAAGGACCACACUUGAUUUCACAAUUACUCCUAACGUAUCUAGGAUCACUGGAAUGGGGCUGAAGAAAGAAAUAAUGUGUCGGGGGGGAGGAGAAGAAUGCCUAUGUUAUCUGAUCCCACAGAACAUUGAUUUCCAAGCUUGUCUAAAAGUGUAUGCUAAUGAACAUGUGAAACAGUUAUGAAUA